AUGAAGCGAAAGUUGGACGAGAACGAUGUUCCGUCGCCAGAGCCCGCUGCAAAUAACAGCACCACCCAGUCAUCCUUCGAAUCUUUCGGCCUCGACCCUCGCCUUGUGCAGGCCAUAGCAAAGUCCCAAUUCUCCACCCCUACUCCUGUCCAAGCCAGAACCAUCCCAUUAGCGCUCGAAGGAAAAGACAUAUUGGCAAAGUCCAAGACUGGCUCCGGCAAGACUGCAGCCUACGUUCUUCCUACCCUCCAGGCGAUACUGAGAAGAAAGGCUACAGCGCCCAAACAGAAGAUCACAAGCACGUUGGUCCUGGUCCCUACUCGAGAACUAGCAGACCAGGUUUACAGAGCUUAUACUUCGUUCGCGGCGUUUUGCUCCAAAGAAGUCCAGAUCCUCAAUCUCACCCAAAGGGUGUCGGAUGCAGUAUUGAAUGCAGUGCUACAGGACUCGCCGGACAUCAUUGUAUCUACCCCCGCACGGGUCAGUCAGUAUCUAAACUCUGCUCGACUUUCUCUGGACGCCAUCAGCCAUCUGGUGAUUGACGAGGCUGAUAUUGUACUGUCCUAUGGGUACGAAGAUGACAUCAAUGCAAUAGCCAAAGUCAUUCCUCGUGGAGUCCAGACAUUCUUGAUUAGUGCAACAUUGACUCCAGAGGUUGAUGAACUCAAAGCACUCUUUUGCCGUGAGGCAGAGAUCGUCAAGAUCGACGACCAGGAAGAAAAGGGCGAAGGUGUGACGCAGUAUGUCGUGCGUUGUGGAGAAGACGACAAAUUCCUGCUCAUCUUUGUCGUGUUCAAGCUCCAACUCGUCAAGGGCAAAUCUUUGAUCUUCAUCGAUGGUGUCGACAGAAGUUAUCGACUCAAAUUAUAUCUCGAGCAGUUUGGUAUCAAAUCGUGCGUUUUGAACGCAGAACUACCUGUCAACUCGAGACUUCACGUGGUUCAAGAAUUCAACAAAGGCCUCUACGACAUUCUCAUCGCUGCUGAUGAUCAAGAAGUUCUCGGAGGGGUGUUAAAACGAAGGAGCUCCAAGGCUGUACAGGAUGAGGAGCACCAGAUUAGUGACGAAGACGAUGAAGACAACCAGAAACCGUCUAGAAAGAAAAAAGUGGCGAAUCGAGACAAGGAUUAUGGUGUGUCGCGAGGCAUCGACUUCCAAAAUGUCGCUUGCGUGAUCAACUUCGAUCUCCCGCACACUUCGAAAUCAUAUACUCACCGCAUUGGACGAACAGCGAGAGCUGGAAAGGCCGGUAUGGCCCUCUCCUUUGUCAUUCCAAAAGAAUUAUACGGCAAGAAUCGACAUACAACCAUCUCAUCCUCCAAGCAUGACGAACGAGUACUGGAGAAAAUUAUUGCUCGACAAGCGAAAAAGGGUAAUGAAGUCAAGCCUUACCAUUUUGACAUGACUCAGGUCGAUGCCUUCCGAUAUCGAAUGAAUGACGCAUUGCGAGCAGUCACAAAAGUGGCCGUCCACGAAGCACGAGCAAGAGAAAUCAAACAAGAAUUGAUCAAAAGUGAAAAACUGCGGAAGCAUUUCGAAGACAAUCCAGACGAUCUCCGACACUUGAGACAUGAUGGGGAACAUGGUGGGCUGAUCCGCCAUCAGGCUCAUCUCAAGCAUGUGCCGGAUUAUUUAAUGCCAGCACAGGGCAGGAAGGGAUUGAGUGCGGACGAAGUGGGCUUCGUGGGUUUCAAGAAGGUAGAUGGCAAGGACAAACGGAAGGAUCACAAGCGACGAGGAAAGACGGCAAGAAAAGGGCGAGGAAUGGGCAAACCAAAGGGAAGGAUCGAUCCGCUCAAGUCAUUCAGUGCAAAGAAGAAACAUUAG